AUGGGGCUCCUGGAGGGCAGCUGGGAGGACGAGAGCCUGGAAGUCUUGAGUGCUCUGGCCACGUCUGGGCUGAACGCGUCCUGGGGGGCGCUUACCAAUGCCUCCGGGGGCGCGGGCCCCGCGCCGCGGUCGCUGGACGCCUGGCUGGUGCCGCUGUUCUUCGCAGCGCUGAUGCUCGUGGGAUUGACAGGGAAUUCGCUGGUCAUUCUGGUCAUUUGCCGCCAGAAGCAGAUGCGCACGGUCACCAACUUCUAUAUCGCCAACCUGGCGGCCACAGAUGUGAUGUUCCUACUGUGCUGUGUGCCCUUUACGGCGCUGCUGUACCUGCUUCCCGCCUGGGUGCUGGGCGACUUCAUGUGCAAAUUCGUCAAUUACAUCCAGCAGGUUUCCGUGCAGGCCACGUGUGCCACCUUGACCGCCAUGAGCGUGGACCGCUGGUACGUGACCGUGUUUCCUCUGCGUGCCCUGCACCGCCGCACGCCCCGCCUGGCUCUAUCCGUCAGUCUCGGCAUCUGGGUGGGCUCGGCGGCCCUGUCUGCGCCGGUGCUCGCCCUGCACCGUUUGUCUUCCGGACCGCCCACCUACUGCAGCGAGGUCUUCCCCAGCCGCGCCCUGGAGCGCGCCUUUGCCGUCUACAACCUGCUGGCGCUUUACCUGCUGCCGCUGGCCGCGUCCUGCGUCUGCUACGGGGCCAUGCUGCGCCACCUGGGCCGCGACGCCGCGCGCCCCGCGCCCGGCGACAGCGCCCUGCAGGGGCAGCUGCUGGCCGAGCGAGCCAGCGUGGUGCGCGCCAAGGUCUCCCGGCUGGUGGCGGCCGUGGUGCUGCUUUUCGCCGCCUGCUGGGGCCCGAUCCAGCUGUUCCUGAUGAUGCAGGCGCUGGGCCCCGCGGGCGCCUGGCACCCACGCAGCUACGCGGCUUAUGCCCUCAAGAUCUGGGCGCACUGCAUGUCCUACAGCAACUCGGCGCUCAACCCGCUGCUCUACGCCUUCCUGGGCGCCAACUUCCGCCGGGCCCUGCGCCGCGUCUGCCCCUGCGGCCCGCGGCGCCUUCGCUCCUCCGACCCCGCAGCCCCUCGCGCGGAGAUGCACUGUUUGCCCGUCGCUGGAGCCCGGGGCAGGGGGCACCGCGGGCUGUGUGUGCAAAGGGAGCCUGCUGACUCUCUCUGAGCCUGCUCCCAGGGGAAGGAAAAUUGAGACCCUCUAGUAUUGGAGACCCACCACCUCAACCCACUCCCUUUGGGUGACUGUAUGUGAUCCCCUGCACCGUUGUGCUGUCUUUUGCUUUCCUUCUCAAGGAUUUUUUUUACCCUGCCUGUCCCUUGACAUUGGGUGGUGGAGUCUGGCGCUUUCUGGAACAUUCCAGCAGGCACUAGAAAUGGUUGUCUUUUGCUGCCUGGCGGUGGACUGUACGGUCCGGUCCACCCUUUCUUACAGCUAUCAAAAUGUGACCCUAGGUUUUUUUAUUUUCCACGCUGGAGAGGCGCAUGUUCUCUUGAACACCUCUCUCCCCCUUUCUCGCCCCUUCAGCUCUCCUAAGUUUGUUUUGUUCAAUAAAAACUAUCU